AUGUCUUCUAACGAUUUAUUAAGUUACUCGAUCAUGAAUAAGGGUCAUAACGUGAACAGUAUAUCUUUGCUACCCUUGCCUAUGCCCUCGAGACCUCAGGGAUUCACUAAAUCCCAUAACGAAAAGGGCCAGAUUGUUUUGCCUCCAUUAAGUGACAUUAAAUUCAACGACUACACAACUAUCAGAUUAACUGAAGGAAACUUGUCGAACUUGAACCAUUCGUCCCCUCCUUCGUUGACUUCAUCAUCCGCGUCAUCGUCACCUGUGUCGUCUCCAAGCUUAUCAAACAUGAACUUAUCUGGCAUAAGUUCUCCCGUUGCUUUGGCCAACCCUAUGUCUGAUUCAGUGUCUGUCGCUAGCUUUGCAUCUUCUCCACCAACUUCGACUGCUUCGGAGUCUUCCGAGGCCCGGAAGAGAAGACAGAGGUUGGGGCCAUCAUGUGAUUCGUGCCGUACUAGAAAAGUUAAAUGUGAUGCCGAAAUUAUUAUAUUAUCUAAGCAGGCAUCGACUGCAAAUCUUGAAGAGUUCUUCCCAUCUCACAUUGUUGCUAGCUUACUCGAGAACAAGCAAGUCGAAAUCGAAGAAAGCGCUAAUGUCAUCAUAUCUAACGAUAAACUCAUUAAAUUUAAAUCAUGUAAAUCUUGCAAUGCUAAAAACUUGCCAUGCUGUUUUGGUAAGGGAUUUACGAAAGAAGAUAUAAUGUUGAACAAUAAAAAGAAACCUACAUCUAUAUCAUCCACUUCUUCAGGAGUCUCGUCUACCAAAUCCAAAAUUAGUAAGAAGAAGCCAAAUGUGUCUUCUUUAGGCUCUAGAAAAUCAUCCUGCAGUGCAUGUAGAAGAAGAAAAAUUAAAUGUGUGUUCAACGAUUCUUUGAAUAAAUGUGAAGGGUGCGCUAAGAAAGAUCAUAGUUGUUUGUUUGAGAACAUUAAUUAA